AUGAUGCGAAUUCCCUAUCGAGCGGUGGUGCCCCGCGCAACUCUACUCCAUGCACGUUUCAGUAGACCACCUGCGGUUCCUUCCUUGACAAAGGCGUUCAUCGUCAGUCGCCGUACUUCGUCACAUGCCUCUUUCAUCGAGACUGGGCACAUUGACGUGAAAGACGACGAGGGUCUUGUAUUUGUGAAUAAUAUCUUUCCGUCGAAGUUACAAUGGUUGCUACAAGGACCGCUGAGCGGGAACAAAACUUACGAAGAGGCGUUGAAACGAAUCAACAGGCCCCAUCUGGCGGCGUCGGAUCCGUUGCAUAUAAUCCGUCGCGUAUUCCCUCAGAGUCUGAACGUCGACAUCCGGGAAGUCAUUCCGCGCUUCAGAGAAGGCGGCGCUUUUGUGAAAUAUGUUCGCAAAGAUGGUGUCCGGGACAAUGAUAUUGUAACCGCUGUGCAACACCAUCUGGAGCACAAUCCUAUCCGGCCCUGGUUCAACCCGUUCCAGCAGGUCAAAGUUGCCCAUGUGCAUGGCAGACCGUGGAUCGAGGAUCUAUAUCGCAUUCCAAGCCAGCGGCUGCGCGUGGAGUUCCUGCCAGGCUCCGUUGAUGGAGCCGCAACGGAACUGACCACGGAAACGUUGUAUUCUUUCUUCAGGAGAUAUGGAAAGUUAAGGGACAUUGAGAGACAACCUACCGAUUCGAAGAUCGCUCCAAGAUAUGCUUUUGUGUCGUUCACGCGGCAAAAGUACGCGGUCAUGGCCAAGAACUGCAUGCACGGAUUCACUAUCCCGGAGGAAGAAGGCGGCGGCAAGUCCGGCACGAGAAUCAAAAUCAAGUACGAGCGGAAGAUCAAGUUUUCCGUCAUCAAGGACUGGAUCCUGAACCAUCCGAGAAUAGUGAUCCCUGCAAUUGCUGCACUCAUUGCGGCCAUCACUGUGACCAUCUUCGACCCUAUCCGCACCUUCUUCAUCGAAAUGAAGAUCAAGGCCACUCUGCAAACCGAGGAGAACAGUGUCCUUCAAUGGAUCCGGAAUCAGGCCAACAAGGCCAACAUCAUCUAUUUCGGGCGCCAGAGGACAGACCCUCGCCGUCUCACUGCGAUAUGGGAGGAUCGCCAGGGAGAUAUUAAGCAGUUGCAGUCCUGGCUGAUGGAGAAUGCCGAGACGUUCAUCGUCAUCCACGGCCCUCGAGGCACGGGAAAGAGAGAGCUUGUGUUGGACCGAGCCCUUGAAAACUACAAAUACAAGGUCGUCAUCGAUUGUAAACAGAUUCAAGAUGCCAAGGGCGAUACUGCAAAGAUAGCCCGUGCUGCAAGCCAGGUCGGUUAUCGGCCUGUGUUCUCAUGGAUGAACAGCAUGAGCAGCUUUAUCGACCUAGCUGCGCAGGGCAUGAUUGGCACAAAGGCCGGCUUCUCUGAAACUCUGGAUGCGCAGCUCAGCAAGAUUUGGCAGAAUACCGCCACUGCCCUGAAGAGGGUUGCACUGUCCAAUCGGAAGAAAGAUGACAAGGAGGCACAUCUCUCAGACGAAGAGUACUUAGAAGCUCACCCCGAACAGCGUCCCGUCGUAGUCAUCGACAACUUCCUGCACAAUGCCACCGAGAGCAGCGUGGUGUACGACAAGAUCACCGAGUGGGCCGCAGGCCUCACGACCGGAAAUAUCGCUCAUGUAGUGUUCUUGACUACUGACGUUUCCUUCUCCAAACCUUUGAGCAAAGCCUUGCCAAACUCAGUGUUCCGGACCAUUUCCCUGGGCGACUGCUCGCUCGACGUGGGCAGAAAGUUUGUACUCAGCCAUCUUGAGCAUGGGGCGAAGGAUGGAGCCAAUUCAGGCCAGAACAUGGAAGAGGUAGGAGACUUGGGUACCUUGGAUAGCUGCAUAGAAGUGCUGGGAGGCCGAGUGACCGACCUUGAGUUCAUGGCACGGCGCAUCGAGUCUGGAGAAACGCCCCGAGCGGCAGUCAAUCGCAUCAUCGAACAAUCGGCAUCCGAGAUCUUGAAGAUGUUUGUCUUUGACCCUGACAUUGAAUCCAAGCAGUGGAGCCACGAACAGGCCUGGCAUUUGAUUAAGACGCUAGCCCACUCCCAGGAUGGCACUUUGCCGUACAAUCAAGUUCUUCUCUCCGAUCUAUUCAAGGAGAACGGCGAGACCACCCUCCGAGCCCUUGAGCAAGCCGAGCUUAUCGCAAUCAGUUCCGUCAACGGAUGUCCUGACGCAGUGAAGCCUGGCAAGCCCGUCUAUCGGGCGGUGUUCAAGCGGUUAACGGAGAACAAGACCCUGAGUAGCCGGCUGGAUCUGGACAUUGUCAAGCAGCUGCUGAGCAGUGAAAACAAGAGCAUUGGGAAAUAUGAGCAGGAGCUGCAGGUAUUGGGAUCUCUCCCCAAGCAGCCCCGGGAGCUCAGCGCACGGAUUCAGUGGCUCCUGCAGAAGGUGGCAAGUUCGCAGAACAAGAUCAGCCAGUAUGAGCACGAGAGUGCCAUCCUACAGAAGGUGUUGCGCCGCGAGCAUUGA